AUGAUGCCCCUCUACAGGGAAGAGUUUGUCCUCUACCUGUCCUUGUACCUGCUGGGCACUCCAGGCUCUGCUGCACCUGGCUUGCUGAACUACCCUUUGGGAGGAGUGGGCAUCCUCCUCAGCUCAUGGAGACUCUUCCAAGAGGUGUCGAAUGGGUGGGUGGGCCCGGCACCCACCACUCAGCCUUUUCUCGGUGGCCGGGGUCCAGGACAGGGAGCAGGGGUUGGUGGAGUGCUCAGCAGGCCUCUCACCUCCCGGUGGGACGCAGGUUCCGGGCGUGGGGAGGCUGAGACGCGGGAGUGCAUCUACUACAACGCCAACUGGGAGCUGGAGCGCACCAACCAGAGCGGCCUGGAGCGCUGUGAGGGCGAGCAGGACAAGCGGCUGCACUGCUACGCCUCCUGGCGCAACAGCUCCGGCACCAUCGAGCUCGUCAAGAAGGGCUGCUGGCUGGACGACUUCAACUGCUACGACAGGCAGGAGUGUGUGGCCACGGAGGAGAACCCCCAGGUGUACUUCUGCUGCUGCGAAGGCAACUUCUGCAAUGAGCGCUUCACCCAUCUGCCUGAGGCGGGGGGCCCAGAAGUCACGUACGAGCCACCCCCGACAGCCCCCACCCUGCUCACGGUGCUGGCCUACUCGCUGCUGCCCAUUGGGGGCCUCUCCCUCCUCGUCCUGCUGGCCUUCUGGAUGUACCGGCAUCGAAAAGCCCCCUACGGCCACGUGGACAUCCACGAGGAUCCUGGACCUCCACCCCCAUCCCCUCUGGUGGGCCUGAAGCCACUGCAGCUGCUGGAGAUCAAGGCUCGGGGGCGUUUUGGUUGUGUCUGGAAGGCUCAACUCAUGAAUGACUUCGUAGCUGUCAAGAUUUUCCCACUCCAGGACAAGCAGUCGUGGCAGAGCGAACGGGAGAUCUUCAGCACGCCCGGCAUGAAGCACGAGAACCUGCUGCAGUUCAUUGCUGCUGAGAAGCGAGGCUCCAACCUCGAGGUGGAGCUGUGGCUCAUCACGGCCUUCCACGACAAGGGCUCCCUCACGGAUUACCUCAAGGGGAACAUCAUCACGUGGAACGAGCUGUGUCACGUGGCAGAGACGAUGUCAAGAGGUCUCUCCUACCUGCAUGAGGAUGUGCCCUGGUGCCGUGGUGAGGGCCACAAGCCGUCUAUCGCACACAGGGACUUUAAAAGCAAGAAUGUAUUGCUGAAAAGCGACCUCACGGCCGUGCUGGCUGACUUUGGCCUGGCUGUUCGGUUUGAGCCAGGGAAACCUCCAGGGGACACCCAUGGGCAGGUAGGCACACGGCGGUACAUGGCCCCUGAGGUACUCGAGGGAGCCAUCAACUUCCAGAGGGACGCCUUCCUGCGCAUUGACAUGUAUGCCAUGGGGCUGGUGCUCUGGGAGCUCGUCUCCCGCUGCAAGGCUGCGGACGGACCGGUGGACGAGUACAUGCUGCCCUUUGAAGAAGAGAUUGGCCAGCACCCCUCGCUGGAAGAGCUGCAGGAGGUGGUGGUGCACAAGAAGAUGCGGCCCACCAUUAAGGAUCACUGGCUGAAGCACCCGGGCCUGGCCCAGCUCUGUGUGACCAUCGAGGAGUGCUGGGACCACGACGCAGAGGCCCGCCUGUCUGCAGGCUGCGUGGAGGAACGGGUGGCUCUGAUCCGAAGGUCAGUCAACGGCACUACCUCGGACUGUCUUGUCUCCCUGGUGACCUCUGUCACCAAUGUGGACCUGCCCCCUAAAGAGUCGAGCAUCUAGGCCCAGGACAUGAGUGGAUCUCCAGACUCAGUGGAUCUGAAGAGGAAAAGAAAAAAAAAGUUGUGUUUUGUUUUGGAAAUCCCAUAACACCAACAAACACAUAAAAUGCAGCUGCUAUUUUACCUUGA